UUUUUUUUCCUCAUGCCCAAGAUAUUUUCUCUCUAUCCCUUUCCUCCUCAAUCAAUUUGAUGUUUUUCUUGAUAGCAUUUCUUUUACCUGAUUCCAAAUCAACAACAGAGAUCAAUGGAAGAAAGACAUGUGGCUUACUUUGGCCGCCACCUCCUACUGGACAACAACAACAUUGCCGCGACACUCCCGCCGGCGAACGGAACGAAUCCUCCGGCGAACACCAACAAUUCGGAUUUCGAGAACAAUAUGGUAGUCAUUCUAGCCGGGCUCCUCUGUGCCCUGAUUUGCGUUCUCGGGCUCAACUCCAUGUUACGCUGCGUGUUUAGGUGUUGCCAGCGAUUUCGGGUAGAGAGGCCGCCGGAUCAGGAGUCGGGUCAAUUGGGUUCGUCGUCGUCGGCGGCGGGGCUAAAGAAGGAGGCGCUGAAUCAGAUUCCGGUAGAGGUGUACAGUGUGGAGGUUGGGAUUCCGAUGACUGGAGAGUGCCCAAUUUGCCUUGGAGAGUUUACGGAAGGAGAGAAGGUGAGGAUUUUGCCUGAAUGCAGACACGGGUUUCACGCCAAAUGUAUUGAUAAAUGGCUCUCUUCAAGCUCCUCCUGUCCCACUUGCCGGGCGGCUCUUGCUUGAUCCUUCUUCUUCUUCUUCUUCAACCUCUCUCCGGUCGCCGCCGGUGUAAAUGGACUGGACAUCUUGUUUUUCUCUAUUUCUUUCCUUUGUUUGUUUGAGGGAAAAAAAUAAUGAUACAAUUGAUAUCACAUUUUAUUAUUUAAUUGGAUUAAGUUUAUUUAAUUAUUA